AUGCAAGACGCGCUCGAGGACGUGCUGUGGGUCCUCGAAGCGAUCCUGACGAGCUGCGGCGAGGCGGCGGCGGCGUCGGACGUUAAUGGUAACGAAUUUAGUGUCGUCGUGGCGCUCGUAUCGAGCGCGUUCACGUGCUUGCGGACGUGGCACCCCGCGGGCGUCACGCUGAGCGAACUCUUCGCCGACCGCGGCGCGUUGUUUAACGCGCUGGUCCUCGGCGCCGUCGGCGGCGCGUGGGGCGGCGACGCGCGCGUCGUUCGCGCGGCGACGGAGGCGCUCGAGGAGCUCAUGCGCGCGACGGAUCCUCUCCCGAGUCGCGCGGACGCGGUCCGCGCGGUGAUGGACGUCCUGGAGGACGCGUGCGGCGCUCUUACCGCCGGGGGCGCGCUCGACGCCGGCUGGGAUUUCCUGGGCGGCGACGGCGACGGCGACGACGGCGACGACGCGAUGGCGCGAAUUCGCGCGGCGACGGCGAUCGCGUCCGCGGUCGCGGGCGCGGAGACGACGGCGUUCGCGGCGCGCGCCGGAGGAGGAGUAGGAGGAGGAGGAGGAGGAGGAGGAGGAAUAGGCUCCUCCUUCGGAAACGCGUUGGAGUGGCUUCUGACGACGGCGGAGAGAGGGGACGCGGCGGCGGCGUCCGCGGCGCUCGCGCCGUGGCGCCCCGGGCGCGGCGGGCUCGCGAGCGCGCUCGGGGACGAGCGCGGGCGAACCGCGUGCGAGAGGGUGCUCGGCAGCGUCCUGCGUCGGAGCGCGAGGACCGCGGGCGCGAGCUGGCGCGCCGCCGCGUUGGCCGCCGCCGCCGCCGCGACGGACUCAGACGCGACGCCCCUCGGCCCGACGUGCGACAUCGACGACGACGACGCGCUCGAUCUCGCGCGCGCGCGCGGUCCGCUCGAGACCGCGAUCGCCGCCGCGCACGACGCCAUGGGCUCCCCCGCGUUCCUUCGCGUCGUCGUGGACGCGUUGGAAGGCGCGGCGGCGGCGGUGGGUCCGCCGCCGGAGCAUCGCGGGUGGGAGAACGCGCGCGCCGCGCUCGUCGCGCUCGCGUGCUGCGGGUACCCGCUCGCGUCCGAGCCGGAGUACGACGUCGACGUCGCGCCCGGCCGGCCGGCGCACGUAGAGGCGCUUACGAGGGCGCUCGUGACGUCUCCGAUCGGGUGGACGGUCGUCCGCGCCGGCGCCGCUGGAUGUCAGAACGGCCCUCGAGGGUGCGCGCCGCUCGUCGCCGCGAGGGCGGUCGCGGUCGCGGCGACGCUGUCGCGCGUCGUCUCGCGCGAGCGACGCGCGCCGUUCCUCGCGCCCGCGCUCGAGUUCCUCCUCGAUGCGAUGGAGACGUUCUCCGGACCGGACGCGGACGACGUCGCCGUCGCGUCGGUCGCGGCGGACGCGGCGGCGACGACGAUUCGCGCCGCCGCGGAGGCGCCCGGCGACGACGCCGCGCGUGCCGUCGCGCCGUGCUUGGACCGCGCCGCUUCGAUCGCGUCGAGCGGCGGCGCGUUGCCGACGCCGCACCGCGUCGCGAUCGUCUCCGCGCUGUGCGUCGUCGCGACGCGACUCGGCCAAGAGGUUGGCGGCGUCGUCGACGCGUUGGUCGCGGCGCCGUUGCGUCGCCUCGGCGCCGCCGUCGCCGCGGGCGACGCGCGUACGUGCGCUCUCGAGCUGAAGGUUUUGUCUCGCGCGUUCGCGGCCGAGGGCGCGCUGGCGCGCGCGUCCGACGACGCGCUCCGCGCGAUGUGGGAGACGUCCACGAGCGUCGCCGCGAUGGCGAGGGACGCGAUCGCGAGCGGGACCCUCGGCGGCGGCGGCGGCGGCGCGAGGGACGCCGCGGAGGAUGUCGUGCGCGGGUGUCGCGACCUCUGGAUCGGGCUGACGCGCGCGCGGCCGCGCGCGCGCGAGCAAGCGCACGAGUCCGCGGCGCUCGCCGCCGCGCGCGGGCUCUUCGUAGGAGGGCACCACGCGGGGGCGCCGCUCCCGCCGGGAACGACGCCGGGAACGACGCCGCGUUCGCUCGCCGUCGCCGCGUUGUCCGUCGCCGCCGCCGUCGCGCGCGACGUCGGCGCGGGCGCGACGCCUCGGACGCGGGAGGCGAUCCUGGAGGUCAUAACCGCCGCGUCUCGGACGUUACCGACGAGCGACGACGACGUGGCCCUCGCGCGCGCGCUGUUCGAGACGUGCGCGGACGUCCUGAACGCGUCGUGGAUCGGCGUCGACGCGUCGCGCGCCCUCCGCGUCGCGUCCCCGGAGACGUUCCGCGCCGCGUGUUUGGAGUGCCGCGCGGCGGAGGCGGCCGACCGCGCCGCGCCCGCGCUGACGUUCAUCGAGACGUGCUUCCGCGCGACGACGUCGACGUCGACGUCGACGUCUACCGCGAGUUUCAUCGACGACCCCGAGGGCACCCUGGACGCGAUGCGAACGCUCGCGGCGUCGCUCGCCGUCGCCGCCGCGGGGUGGACCUCUCCGAGCGCGUGCGAGCCAAUCGGCGCCGCGCUCUGGGCCGCGU